AGGCGAGAAGAAAGCAUCUCAAGAAAAGGAAAAAAGAAAAACCAGGCUGUUUUAUAUCAAAGUAGAAACUAGAAGAACAGCCCUAACCCUCACUUCUUCACAUUUUUUCUGGGUGAAGAUUGGAAAUUUUCAACUUCUUAAAACCCAACCAAACAACAACAACAACAAAGAAAGAUAGAAAGAAAGAAAGAGAGAAACAAAACCAACCUAAACCCCCAAAUCCCUCCCACCCAAAAAAAAAAACUCCAAUUCUAUUUUUUAUUUUCAAAGACCUCAUCUCACAUUCGUGUUUUUUUUUUUUUUUUUUUUUCCUGAAAUCCCAAAAACAGAGUGUCACAAAGUUAGCUACACUUGGAUGGUACCAACAGAGGAAAGAAAAGGGGGAUAAUCAAGAAGAAAGAAAGAAUUUUUGGGGUAAGAAAAAAGAAAGGAAAUAAAAAGGGGAGUUUGGAGAUUUAGGGUAAAUAAUUGAAAGAGGGAGCAGGUGAGUUGGAGGGGUGGGAAUUUUUUUUAUUAACAAAAAAAAAAAAAAAAAAGAGAGAGAAAGAAAAAAGAAAAAAAGGAAAGAGGAAAAAAAAGAAUGGGAAGAGGAAGAGUAGAGUUGAAGAGGAUAGAGAACAAAAUAAACAGACAAGUAACAUUUGCAAAGAGAAGAAAUGGGCUUUUGAAGAAAGCUUAUGAACUUUCUGUUCUUUGUGAUGCUGAAGUUGCUCUUAUCAUCUUCUCCAACCGUGGCAAGCUCUAUGAAUUCUGUAGUACUUCCAAUAUGCUUAAAACACUGGAGAGGUACCAAAAAUGCAGUUAUGGAGCGGUGGAGGUCACAAAACCGGCUAAAGAACUCGAGAGUAGUUAUAGAGAGUACGUGAAGCUGAAGUCUAGGUUUGAGUCUCUACAAAGAACUCAGAGAAAUCUUCUUGGGGAGGACUUGGGUCCAUUGAACUCAAAAGAGCUUGAGCAGCUGGAGCGUCAGCUUGAGUCUUCUUUGAAGCAAGUUAGGUCUACCAAGACUCAGUACAUGCUGGACCAACUAUCUGAUCUUCAGAACAAGGAACAAAUGCUGAUUGAAACCAACAGAGCUCUGCAAAUGAAGCUGGAAGAAAUAAGUUCAAGAAAUAAUAUAAGGCAUCCAUGGGAUGGUGGAGAUCAAAGCAUGUCAUAUGGUACACAAAAUGCCCAAACUCAAGGCUUCUUUCAGCCACUAGAUUGCAACCCCACUUUGCAAAUUGGGUACACUUCUGCAGUAUCAGACCAAAUUACAAGCACUACUACUCCAACUCAUGCCCAACAAGUCAAUGGCUUCCUCCCUGGUUGGAUGCUUUGAUUGAACACCCAAAACAAAAAAGAAAUUAAAAAAACCCUCUAGAUCUUUUUUCUACUUUUUGUUGCUUACUUUUCUUUUUUCUUUUGUGCUAUGGUACCAACACUAUGCAUAAUUGUUAAUAAGCAUUAUAUAAUUUUACUCUUAUUUUAGAACUUGAAAGAAAAUCCCAAAAUUUGAAGGACUUGUAUUGAAAACCUAUCAUAUUUACCUGUAUCCUUUUCAAACAUUAAGAUUUAAGACGCUUUGAAUUUUGAA